CUUCCAGAUGAAAUAAGCAGGUUUUAGAGAAUAAAGAAACAGAAGAGUUGCCUUCUUCUUUUUCUUUUUCAUUGUUUCUGUUCCAAUGUUAUGAUAUCAUGAAGUGUAUAUAUUAACAAAAACUGAGUCUGAGAAUUGAUAUCAAGUCCAAUGUUUUUCUGCAGCUGCAUAGAGAACUAGCUCGCGAAGCAGUUCGCAAGUCUUUGGUUCUUCUAAAGAAUGGAAAGAAUCCGAAGAAACCUUUUCUUCCAUUAGACAGAAGUUCUAGAAGAAUUCUUGUCACUGGAACACAUGCUAAUGAUCUUGGCUGUCAAUGUGGAGGAUGGACAAAAACUAAGCACAAGCAUUUUGGAAGCAAUCAAAGAAGCAGUCGGAGACAAAACAGAAGUGAUUUACGAGCAAUAUCCUUCUCCCCAUACCUUAGAAAGGCAAGAUUUUUCUUUCGCCAUUGUAGCUUUUGGUGAAGAACCAUAUGCAGAAAAUGGUGGUGAUAACGCGGAACUUGUAACCCCCAUCAAAGGAAGUGAAGUAAUAAACUCAGUCGCGGAAAGAAUCCCGACGUUGGCAAUUCUGAUAUCUGGAAGACCCUUAACUGUGGAGCCACAGUUGGAAAAAUUAGAAGUUUUUGUUGCUGCUUGGCUUCCUGGAAGUGAAGGAAGGGGAAUUGCAGAUGUUAUCUUCGGAGAUUAUGAUUUCACGGGCCAACUCCCAGUUACAUGGUUUAGAGGAGUUGAACAGCUACCAAUGAAUGCUUCAGAUAAUGCUUAUGAUCCAUUGUUUCCCCUCGAUUUUGGGUUGACAUACAAAUAAGUAGAUGAGUAAUGUUAGGUCCAUAGUUUAAUUUCACAACUUUCGACGUGAUAGUUUGUCAUUAGUUAGCUCAUAAAACGGGUUUUGUUUACUUUUAUGGGUUUCUUCUACCCAUUUGCGAGCUAACCAAUGACGAGUUAUCAUGUUAGGGGUUGUGAGAGGUGACAGUUUGUCAUUUGUCAACUAGCGAAAUGGGUCCUGUUUGCUUGCAUGGGUCCUGUUUACUCAUUUGCGAGUUAACUAAUGACGAGCUGUCAUGUCAGGAGUUGUGAUAAUACGUAAAUUGACUGUUAACUGUUUGUUCAAGCACUAUUUCCAUGAAUUACAUUUAACCUCCUGGGG